GUCUGCGUUAUUCAUAUUUCGUGUAACCACCGUCUUUCUCGCACCCACUUUCAGUUCUUUCCAGACCGCGGACUAGCUACUGAAUACUGAAGGAGUAUAAAUGACAUAGCGCGGUAACAAAUCGAACAAGUUUUCAAAUUGCUGGAAGAUGACACGUCGUGGCUCUCGUACUCUUAUUCAGAUAUGCGCCUAUCUGGCGUUCGUCACGGUCGCGAUUGGUCGAGAGCAUUGCGAUAAAACAAAAUGUCCUGGUCCAUUGCCAUAUUACAAGGAUCUAAAUUGCAUCCCGGUGUACGAGAAAGAAGGUGAUUGCUGUGCGACAAAAUAUAAUUGUGAUCAUCUGAAAAAGAGGUCACAUAACAAAUGUUACGUCAACGGUAAGGAGUACGAGAUCGGAGAAAAGCUUAAAGAUGAAGAUGCAAAUCCUUGUGACGUUGGUUGUAUCUGCAUCGGAAGCACAGACGGAAUCGCCUCGUUCAGAUGCGCAGAAGUCGAUUGUCCCACCUUUGAACCAGCGAGAGCAGGCUGCUAUAGAAAGAAUUCCGCAUUAAGUUGCUGCCCCGGAGAGGAAGUUUGUUCUAAACGUUCCAGAGAUAUACCUACCUGUAUCGUGAACGGAAAGAAAUACAGAGAUGGAGAACGUUUUGAGGUUGAAGGUGAACCGGAUUUAAGAUGUGUAUGCCAAUCGGGUUAUAAAGGGAAAAACGUCGAACCUUUCUGUGCAAAACCUAAGCAUCCAUACUGUAGUCCCGAUUUCAGAGGUGCAUACGAAGUUUUUAAUAAUUGCACUCCAGUAUUUUACCUGGCUGAAAAGCUAUCUACUUGCAAUAUAUUUUUUAGAUGUCAAAACAGAUUGGACAAAGUUCUUCACAAGGAAAAUUUGAAAUCUGCCGACAAAAAUUCCAACGACAAGGACGUUUGUUACUUUGGUAACUUGAUUAUGCGUCGCGGCGAUGAGUUGAAUCGAGAUACAGCGUAUGAAUCUGCAUGCGUUAAAUGCACUUGCGAAGUGCCUCCUGUACCCACUUGUUACCGUUUACCGAAUGACAAAUGCAAGGUCAUAAAUCCUCGCUCUUUCCGUCAACCUAUUCCCUAUACUUAAAUAUUCCAAAAUCUGUGAUAAUGUAAUUUUUACUUCUGUUAUUCGGCUCAGGAUAUCAUAGUAAAUAAGUCUGUAAAUAUAAGAAUUAAAUACACUUCUGAACUGCA